GUAUUCCGCGUCUAACGUUGGGUGGUCAUACAGCCGGCUCCCUCAAAUCGCAGAUACGUAUAAAAUAAAUCAACUUUUUGAGGCACCACGUGCAAUUGAAGACAAAUAAACGGCGCAAUUGUCUCUCGGCAAUCACUGUAAAUUGAGUGACUCCCGCGAGAUAUCCCGGGUAAAUCGAUAAUCAGUAAUCCGAGUGUUGCGAAUCGAGAUAAAAAUGAAAUACAUCCUGGUUACUGGCGGCGUCAUCAGCGGCGUGGGAAAAGGCGUGAUAGCAUCCUCGUUCGGAACGCUGCUCAAAUCCUGCGGCCUGGAUGUCACCUCGAUCAAAAUCGAUCCCUACAUCAAUAUUGAUGCUGGAACCUUCUCGCCAUAUGAGCACGGUGAAGUAUACGUUUUGGACGAUGGCGCCGAGGUGGACCUCGAUCUGGGCAACUACGAGCGGUUCUUGGACAUCACCCUGCACAGGGACAACAAUAUAACCACCGGCAAGAUUUACAAGUUGGUCAUCGAAAAGGAACGCACUGGGGAGUACUUGGGCAAGACCGUUCAGGUUGUCCCACACAUUACAAACGCCAUCCAGGACUGGGUGGAGCGCGUGGCUCAAACACCUGUCCAGGGCUCGUCGAAGCCACAGGUGUGCAUCGUAGAGUUGGGCGGCACUAUCGGCGAUAUUGAGGGCAUGCCUUUCGUGGAGGCCUUCCGCCAGUUUCAGUUUCGGGUGAAGCGAGAGAACUUCUGCGUGGCCCACGUGUCGCUGGUUCCCCUGCCCAAGGCCACCGGUGAACCAAAGACCAAGCCCACCCAGAGCUCGGUGCGGGAGCUGAGAGGCUGCGGCCUGAGUCCCGACUUGAUUGUCUGCCGAUCGGAGAAACCCAUUGGCCUCGAAGUUAAGGAGAAGAUCAGCAACUUCUGUCACGUGGGCCCCGACCAGGUGAUCUGCAUCCAUGACUUGAACUCCAUUUACCACGUCCCGUUGCUGAUGGAGCAGAACGGCGUCAUCGAAUACCUCAACGAAAGGCUUCAGCUCAACAUCGACAUGAGCAAGAGGACCAAGUGCCUUCAGCAGUGGAGGGACUUGGCUCGUCGCACGGAGACAGUGCGUCGCGUGGUUACUAUCGCCAUUGUGGGCAAGUACACCAAGUUCACGGACUCGUACGCCUCCGUAGUUAAGGCCCUCCAGCAUGCUGCUUUAGCGGCCAACCGUAAACUGGAGUUGGUCUUCAUUGAAUCGUGCCAGCUGGAGGAGGAAACGCUGCAGACCGAACCCAGCAACUACCACAAAGAGUGGCAGAAGCUCUGCGAAAGCGAUGGCAUCCUGGUGCCCGGUGGCUUCGGCUCCCGCGGCAUGGAGGGAAAGAUCCGGGCCUGCCAAUGGGCGCGAGAGAACAAGAAGCCGCUUCUCGGAAUCUGCUUGGGCCUCCAGGCAGCUGUAAUCGAAUUUGCUCGGAACAAGCUUGGCCUGAAGGACGCCAACACUACGGAAAUCGAUCCGAACACAGCAAACGCCCUGGUAAUCGAUAUGCCGGAGCACCACACGGGCCAACUGGGUGGCACUAUGCGGUUGGGCAAGCGGGUAACCAUUUUCAGCGAUGGCCCCAGCGUUAUCCGGCAGAUGUACGGCAAUCCCAAGACGGUCGAGGAGAGGCAUCGGCACCGGUACGAGGUGAAUCCCAAGUACGUGCCACGAUUGGAGGAACAAGGAAUGCGCUUCGUGGGCACCGACGAGGAGAAGACUCGCAUGGAGAUUAUCGAGCUGAGCGGUCAUCCCUACUUUGUGGCCACCCAGUACCAUCCGGAGUACUUGUCGCGCCCCCUGAAACCGUCUCCGCCCUUCCUUGGCCUAAUUCUGGCCUCAGUGGAUCGAUUGACGCAAUACAUCCAGCGUGGUUGCCGGCUUUCGCCCCGCCAGCUGUCCGACGCCUCCUCGGACGAAGAGGAGACUGUACGUGGCUUGGCCGGAGCUACAAAGUCGCUUAAGGCCCUGAAGCUCCCCACCUCUCCGCGGAAUGGAAUUUCAAAUGGCUGCAACGGCAGCUCCAGCACUUCAGACGGCGAGGGGGCCUGCGGAGGCAUCGAUAUCCCCAAUGGCCACCAAUAAACAGUUAUAUAAUCUAAAAAUUCUUAAAAUAUGAAAACAUUAGAGAUGCUUUUGUGUGUAAAGGAGGAUGAAGUCGAAUAUUAAAUCGAAGGGAUGGAAAGAAAUCGGAGAAUAUGUUACAAAGCAAUAGUCGAAUACGAACUUUGAUAAGAAAGUGGUUCCAAUAAUGUCACAAAGAGUCCAUGGAGACUAUGGAAAGUGUAUAUUUCAUCCCCGAGAACCCAAGUCGACUCAUCCCAAUGUGUAUAGCCUCGCGUGUGUCUUCUUGGUCGGAAACGAACUAAACUACUUAGUUUGUAAUCUCUACUAAAAUUAUAAUUAUUUGACUUGAUUAUGAUUCUUGUUAGUUAAGCGAAAAGAGUGUUUAAUUUAAAGUUUAAAUUUAAAACAAAAACUAAAGAAAAAAAAAGGAUAAAUA